AUGGCCACAGCAACUCCACCAUCUUCCACGAGCUACCUGCUCAUCAUCCUAGCCCUAGCACUAGCAGCCUCUGCUGGAAGUGGAAACGGGAGCUGCAUCCCGGCAGAGAGGGCGGCGCUGCUCGCCUUCAAGGCCGCCAUCACAAGCGACCCGGCGAACCUCCUCGGCUCAUGGCAUGGCCACGACUGCUGCCAAUGGGGCGGCGUGAGGUGCCACAGCCGGACAGGCCACGUCGUCAAGCUCGACCUCCACAACGAAUUCGUCCAAGAAGAUUACGCUUCUUUUUGGUUCCCUGGUAACCAUUCGCUGCAUGGCCAGAUAAGUUGUUCGCUGCUCGCUCUGCCCCAUCUCAAGCAUCUCAACCUUAGCGGGAAUAUGGUUCUCGGAGAUGGAAGGCCUAUACCAGAGUUCAUGGGUUCCCUCCGGAGAUUGACACACCUUGACCUAUCUUCCUUGAAUUUUAGUGGUAGAGUGCCUCCUAAGCUAGGCAACCUAUCCAAACUCGUAUAUCUUGACAUAAACUGUGGUAGGACCUCUGAUAUGAUGACAUACUCAAUGGAUAUUUCUUGGUUAGCCCGUCUCCCCUCACUCAAGCAUCUCGACAUGGGCGGUGUGAACCUUAGCGCAGCGGUAGACUGGGUUCAGACACUAAACAAGCUUCCGAACCUGGUUGUGUUGGAACUCAAUUAUUGUGGCCUUAAUGAUUAUUAUAGUAGGAGUACGUCUCUCCUACUCCACAACCUCACGCUUCUUGGGGAACUUGAUCUCUCAAACAACCAUUUAAACAGUCCAGCUGUAAAGAAUUGGCUUUGGGGUUUAACAAGCCUCAAAAGCCUAAUCAUAUACGGUGCUGAAUUAGGGGGAACUUUUCCUCACGAGUUGGGAAACUUGACCUUAUUACAGACCCUUGACCUGUCAUUCAACGACAUCAAAGGGAUGAUACCGGCGAGUCUGAAAAAAGUGUGUAAUUUGAGAUAUCUAUACCUCGAAGUGAACAACAUCGAUGGGGACAUAUCAGAACUAAUUCAAAGGCUACCGAAUUGUUCUUCUAAGAAUCUGCAAGUCCAGACUUUGGGAGAGACCAACAUCACAGGGACAACAUUACAAUCACUUGUAAACCCAUCCAGCUUAAACACGCUUGAACUUAGUUUCAACCACUUGAGAGGUUCCGUGCCCGUGGAGAUUGGGACACUUACAAAUUUGACCAACUUGUCCCUUAAGUUUAACAAACAUACUGGUGUGAUAUCCGAGGAUCAUUUUGCUGGUCUGACGAAUUUAAAAGAAAUUGACUUGUCUUACAAUAAUGGUUUGGCAGUCAUCGUGGAUUCGGAUUGGGAACCUCCCUUCAACUUGCAAUUGACAAGGCUUGCAUCUUGUCAUUUGGGCCCCCAGUUCCCUAAAUGGCUGCGAUCGCAAAAAGGCAUUGUACUUCUUGAUAUUUCAAAUGCAGUGGAAAUACUUUUUCUCCAGUCAAAUCAUCUAACUGGUUUGCUUCCACAAUUACCAAGAACAAUUGUAUUCUUGGACAUCUCCAGAAAUUGUUUAAGUGGGUUUGUGCCAUCAAAUUCACAAGCUCCAUCUUUAGAGGCUGUCGUUCUCUUUUCCAACUGUAUAAUUGGGGCUAUUCCAAGGUCAUUUUGUCAGUGGUCAAAUCUGCGGCUCUUAGAUCUUUCAAACAAUCUGCUUGUAGGGCAACUUCCUGACUGUGGCAGAAAAGAACAGAGACGAUGGCAUAACACAAGUAACAACACUUCAAGGGUCAGAAUCACAAGCCAUUUCGGUUUGGAAGUCCGUACCCUCCUUCUAAGAAACAAUAGUCUUUCAGGUGGAUUCCCUUCACUCCUACGACGGUGCCGAAAUCUUCUUUUCCUCGACCUAGCUCAAAAUAAAUUGAGUGGAGACCUACCUGCAUGGAUUAGUGAUCGAAUGGCAGCUUUGAUCAUGCUACGCUUAAGAUCGAACAACUUCUCAGGUCACGUUCCAAUUGAAAUAACUGGACUUCUUGCUCUUCGCAUCCUUGACCUAGCUAAUAACACCUUUUAUGGGGAUAUUCCACAAAGUUUAGUGAACUUCGAAGCUUUGACUGCCAUUAAUGAAGCUGUAGAUCCAGAAAACAAUCCUUUCACAGAAGAAUAUAUUGGAGCGAUGUCGUACGACAAUAUGGGGCUGACUGGUGAUAGUUUAUCAGUUGUCAUAAAAGGCCAAGUGCUUGCCUACAGGGAGAAUAGUGUAUAUUUGAUGAGUAUUGAUUUAUCCUGCAACAGUUUAACUGGACAAAUCCCAGAAGAUAUUACCUCUCUUGUUGGACUCAUAAACCUGAAUUUGUCAUCAAACUUCUUGAGCGGAAAUAUCCCAUACAAGAUUGGAAAUCUGCAAGCACUCGAGUCUCUUGAUCUCUCAAAGAACCAGCUUUCUGGUGAAAUUCCUUUGGGCUUAUCAAAUUUGACAUCAUUGAGCUAUAUGAACUUGUCAUAUAAUGGUCUAUCAGGUAGAAUACCAUUGGGGCGUCAACUAGAUACCCUUAAAACAGAUGAUCCAGCUUCUAUGUACAUUGGCAACCCUGGUCUUUGUGGACGUCCCCUUCCAAAGCAAUGUCUUGGAGAUCAACCAACUCAAGGAGAUUCAGUAAGAUGGGAUACAUAUGGUCCAUCUCAAAUGGAUAUUUUGUUUAGCCUGAUUGUGGGGUUUGUGGUAGGCCUCUGGAUGGUAUUAUGUGGCCUUGUGUUCAUGAAGAAAUGGAGGUACACUUAUUUCAGGUUACUUGAUAAGUUAUCUGACAAGGUCUAUGUCAUCUCUGUUGUUACUUGGCACAAAUGGUCUAGAAACAUUGGCGAAAAUUAAGCUACUUAGCUACACAAAUAAGGAGGAUGCAGGACUUAAUAUUAUAUUAAUUUUCUGUGUCAUGCUUUCUCAUUGAGAAUAUCAUCACUAUAAGGUGAAGUCAUUGUAUCUCGUUACUGGUUGAAUGUUGAAGUUUGCUUGUUGUGCUUGUUAGAUGUUAUGGUGCCAACCAGAGUCAUGUAACUUGUCUACGGUGUCUUAUAAACCUACACGUAUCUAGAUUAGGUGUUUAUUAAGUUUAACCAACUUAAUCUAGAGAUAUGAGUCGGUUGUAACAAUGUAAAUCUCUUGACCAGAGUUAUCGGUCCCCUUCAAUAAAUUCCACGCGGCCUCUCUCGAGAGG